GAUUUUCCAUUAAAAAUAAUGAGGCAAAAAAGUGGUCGUGGCGACGCGAUCUUAGUGUUGAAGGUGUGAUCGAUUGGCGUUUCUGGAGGACGGAGAUGGCGUCUGAGCUCCACCAAUUGAGGUUCGACCCGCCCCAAUCCAACUCUUCCGAUGAGCCCUCUGCCAAAGACGACCGCCCUCUCUUGGAGCCCGACUCCAGCGUCGUCGCCGAACAGGAUUCCGAGGAUCUUCACCACAAGUUCCCGCCGUUUGUGCGUCGAGAUGUUUACGGCACCAUGGGCCGAGGGGAGCUUCCCUGGACGGAGAAGUUGCUGCUGGGAAUGGCGCUCCUGACCAUCGUUCCCAUACGAGUGGUUAUUGGGCUGAGUGUGUUGUUUCUCUACUACGCGAUUUGCCGAAUCUGUACGCUAUUUCACGAUCCCAAUAGGGAGACGGAUGAGCAGGAGGACUACGCGCACAUGGCGGGAUGGAGGAGGUCCGUGAUUGUGUGGACUGGAAGAUUUCUGUCCAGAGCCAUGCUGUUCGUGUUAGGGUUUUAUUGGAUUUCGGAAGUUUAUCGAAUCCCUCCCAACGAGGACAAGUCAACUAACGAGGAUGAGGGUCAAGAGAAGUCUCAAGAGUCUGAAAGACCCGGGGCUAUUAUCAGCAACCAUGUAUCAUAUUUGGAUAUUUUGUAUCAUAUGUCUUCUUCAUUUCCAAGCUUCGUUGCUAAGAGAUCAGUGGCUAAACUUCCUCUAGUUGGUAUUAUCAGCAAGUGCCUUGGUUGUGUCUAUGUUCAACGGGAGUCGAAGACAUCUGAAUCCAAGGGUGUUUCAGGUGUUGUGAGUGAAAGAAUUCGAGAAGCUGUGAAGAAUAGCUCUGCUCCCAUGAUGAUGCUUUUUCCAGAAGGAACAACUACCAACGGGGAGUUUCUCCUGCCAUUUAAAACGGGUGCAUUUUUGUCCAAAGCUCCAGUGCUUCCAUUUAUUUUAAGAUAUCCAUAUCAGAGAUUUGGCUUGGCCUGGGAAUCAAUAACAGGAGUCCGUCAUUUUCUGCUUCUUCUCUGUCAAUUCGUAAAUCACUUGGAGGUAAUAAGAUUGCCUGUCUACAUCCCAUCACAAGAAGAAAAGGAUGAUCCGAAACUUUAUGCUAAUAAUGUCAGAAGGUUGAUGGCCAAAGAGGGAAAUUUGCUGCUUUCAGAUAUUGGGCUCGCGGAGAAGCGUGUUUAUCUUGCUGCCCUGAAUGGUAUACCACGCCAAUGCUAAUUUGGGAUGUCAUCUUCUGUAAAUUCUUGUAGAUGAUAAUUAUAUGGAAAACACCAUCACCAUCACCAUCACCACCACCACCCUCACCAUGUGCAAGCAUUCAUUAACUAAUCUCGGCUCGAAUAAACUUGUUUGUAUGAUUUUUUCUCGGGAUUUUGAAUUUCGCUGAGUCGCGUUUGUUCGUUCGUUCAUUCGUGUGAAUCUAUCUCUUCAUAUUUAGGAUCUUCAAUCUUGCUGAGGAUUCAGAUUCACGUGUGAAUCUCAGAGCUUGUGUCACAAGACAAGGGGCAAAGCUGCUGCCUUUGCGAAUAUCUUCGUCGGGUCGGGUUUUGACCCUUUUUCUUCAGUAGGGAUAUCGUACUUGAUUCGGUUAAUUUUCUUUUUCUUUUAUAGAUACUCUCUACAAUGAAUACUAUUGUUAUUGUUUACAAAAAA